AUGGACGAAAACAUUGUACUUGAAAAAGUCUUACAUUUUCACAGUAACAAUAAUUGGAAAGAAAUUUUAAGAAUCAAUGAAAAAUCUAAUGAUAAAAACGCACUUAAGUUAUUAUGGGUGUGGCCUAGUGAGGAGAAUUUGAAAUUUUUGGAAAGUGCUUUAGCGGAACGUAAUAUACAAGGUGUAACUUCAUUGGGAUGCGGAUGCGGACUUUUAGAAUGGAUUAUUCAAGCGUAUACAGGUCUGCCGAUAGUUGGUUUUGAAAUUAACAAAGAAUGGUGGGAGAGUAAAUACUCGGUACCAGCUUUUAUUCCUCUUAAAUAUGUAGAAGAAGAAAUAGUAGUAGAAACCAAUCCAAAUUUUGCGUUGCUAUUUUGUUACUUUAAUAAUGGGGAAGCUUUUAGGGAGUAUGUAGAUAAUUAUAGGGGUAACAUGGUAAUCAUUAUUGGACCUCACGAUGGUUCUGGUAGGCACACCGAUCCUCGGCCUUUUUUCCCAAAUUUUGGCCAAUCGAAAUGGCAUUUAGUUAACUAUGAGGAAAUUAAGGAUACUAGAGAUUUUAUAACAAUAUACAUAAGGUCUUGA